AUGAUAUUCCUCGCGUUUCCAUUUCGACCCAUUUUCGACCCAUUUUCCACGACCGUCGCCGCUGCCAUUAUCGACCCAUUUUCCACGACGCUGCCAACACCACUUCCGCGACGCCCGAUUUCGCUCCGUUCCUCACCGUCGCCGCCCGAUUCCGCUCCGUUCCUCACCGUCGCCGCCCGAUUCGCUCCGUUCCUCGCCGUUUCAACGGCUCACCGUCGCCGCCCGAUUCCUCCCGAUUCCGUCGCUGUUUCAACUGCUUCCUCGUCGCCGUUUCAACUGUUUCCACCGUCUUCUGCAAAUCAUUCUGGGACUAAAAAGCGGGCAUUUGGAAAUGAUGUGACAAACAUUAGCUUCAUGAUGAAUAAUAUCGAUUUGUUCAUGGGCGGAGACAUGGAAAAUGAUAGCGGGCUUGGUCCUGAAGACAAAAAGCAGACUUCAUAUCAAUUUGGUCUUUUGCUCCGGCAUGAUUGGAAGAGUCAAGCAACUGAACAUUCCCUUCCGUAUAAUAAUCAAGACAAUUAA